AUGGCAGAAGGAAAUAUAUUAGAAAAUAUUACGGAUUCAACUGGAAUGAAUGUAGAAAACAUACAAAAUAUCAUAGAAAUGGAAAAUAAUUUAAUGGAUAAAUUAUCAGAAAAAGUUGAAGAAGGCGAUGAAAAAUUUAAUGAAUUGAAAAAUAAAAUGAGUAAGAUAGCUUCAGGCAUUAUUACUCCUACUGAAAAGAUUGAACACAAAAUUGGAGAUGAAAUAAGUGAAAUGUUAAAGGAAACUAAAGGAAAGUUGGAUGAUACAGUAAACAAUGCCGAUUGUGCUUUUUCCGGUGUGAUCAGUGAUUUGACAACAUUCAGUGCUGGAAUCCAAGAGAAAGCUUCAGAGUACUUUGGCGAUAUUAAGGACGGGUUGGAGAGAAUUAACGAUGAUAUCCAUGAAAUUAUUCCUGAAAAAGUCAGUAAAUUGGAAGAUUUGAAAAAAAUAGAAGAAAGAGCUGAAAAUGAAAAUGUUAUCGAAAAUCUCGGUGGAAUAGUUUCUGAAGUAUCCACUGAAUUUGAAGGAUUAUGCAAGGAAAAUGUUGGAGAUAGAUUAGAAGAUAUGGAUUAUCAAAAUGUUAAUGAAGCAAUUGAUAAAAUUGGAAAGUUGGAUAGUGAGAUUAGGAAGAAAAAUGCUAUAAAUGCGGAAGAAGGAGCGAACAAAAUGGACGAGUUGAUAAAAGAGACUUUUGGAAAGUUUGAAAAAUUAAAUGAGGAAGCAAAUAAGAAAAUAGCAGAUGUGAAAGGAAUUGUUGAGGAAAAACUGCACAAUUUUGUGGAAGGAACCGAUGCGAAAGUCAAUGAGACUAAUGUGAAGACGAAAAAUAUUGAAAAUGAUGAUAUUAUCGAUAGAUUGAAUGAAAAUGAGAAGAAAUUGGUUGAAAUGAAUGAUAUCGAUGUUAAUGAUAAUGGAAAAAAAGAUGAACUAUCUAAAGAAAAUUCAUUUGUCACAGCAGAAAAUGAUUUUCUCAACGCUGAAAAUAUUGAUCAUUUACAAAGUAAUAUUUUCAAUAAUCAUGCAAAAGUGGAAGGCAAUGCAAAUGAGUUGAUGUUGAAAUUCGAGAAUGAUAAAGAGAUGGAAGCUAUCAAAAAGAUCAUAUCACCAGGUGAAGAUAUUCCGGGACAGGUAGGUACCCUUUCUGAAAGCGGUAUUUAUCAUGAUGAUUAUGAGGUGGAGAAGUCGAAAGAUAUUGGAACCACAACAGUGAGUGAUAUUGUAUUUGAUAAAGCAGAUGAGGUGCAUAAACUGUUGGACGAAGCAUUUAAUAUUAGCGAAAAAUUGAAGGAACCAGAAGCAGUUGACGAUGUAAUAAAUGAGAAGGAUAACAGGGAGCUAAAAGAAACGGAAAAAACAGAUGCCAAUAUUAAUAUAAUAGACGAAGGAGUCCAGAAAGAAUAUUCCAGUACUUGUGAAGAAAUACAAGAAAAAGAACUUCAUAAUAUUACAAGUAAUCCAAACGAUAUGGCAACUGAUGAUGGCAAAACUGAAACACAAUUUACCAGUGAUAAGGAACAGAAAUUAACUGACAUCUCGUCAAAGUUUUCAUCUAUUUCUGAGCAAACUAAGGAUUCCAACGAAGCACCACCGGAAUCAUGUUUUCCCACUAAAAAAUCAUUCACUGCUGAUAAAGAGGAAACUAAUAAACAUGAAAUGAUACCCGAUCCAUCGCAAUCUAAGGAACAUGCUGAUGUGGUAAGUGUUAACAAAGUACUGUAUGAAAUGCCCGAUCCAUCAAACAACAUUGUUACUUCAUCGUUCCAAUCAUCAGAAGAAUUCUCGGCAACUUCAAAUGCUCUCGAGAAUGAAUUACGGUCAAAUUUCCCGAUCGUGAAAGGCGAAGACCAGAAUGAAAUGAUCAUGAAAGCGGAAAUUAAUCCGAUACAAGAGAAAACCAAACCAAAAUUUCAGUCUACAAAGACAGAAAAAUCUGUAAAUCGUAGCGAUUCACCUAACCGUACACCACCAUCAUCACGAGGAAGCGCAGUUUCAUUGCAACUACCGGUGAGACCAUCCAAAAAUGUACCGCCACCAGUACCACCGAAGAAAAAAUCUAUUGAAAUGAUUCUUGCGGAAGAAGCCAAAGCUAUGGGGCAACAUUCACUAAGGGGAGUUGAAACAUUGGUUCAUGGGGAAGCAAGUCCCGAAAUUGAAAAAGAUGAGCUCAAACCGAAGCAUGAAGCGAAGCAGAAUAUCGAAACAUCAACUAUUGAGGAGCAAGUAGAAAUGACAGCCGAUAAAAAUGAAGGAAAGAUUGAAACGACACAAAAGUUUGAAUCUCAGACGAUACACGCAACAGCAGCAACAGAAAUCAAGAAAUCUGAAACUCAGAAAACAAAACCACAUCCGAUUCCAUCAGUAGCAGAAGUUAAACCUGAAGCGGUGAAUGAAAAAGAUAAAACGAACACAAUGAAAUCGAAAAGCGGUGAUGGACAACAGCAACAAUCACGACGAUGCACUAUACUAUAA